AUGCCCCGGGAGAUCAUCACCUUGCAACUGGGCCAGUGCGGCAAUCAAAUUGGGUUCGAGUUCUGGAAACAGCUGUGCGCAGAGCAUGGUAUCAGCCCCGAGGGCAUCGUGGAGGAGUUCGCCACCGAAGGCACUGACCGCAAGGACGUCUUUUUCUAUCAGGCAGACGAUGAACACUACAUCCCCCGGGCGGUGCUGCUGGACCUGGAGCCCCGGGUGAUCCACUCCAUCCUCAACUCCCCGUAUGCCAAGCUCUACAACCCGGAGAACAUCUACCUGUCAGAGCACGGAGGAGGAGCUGGCAACAACUGGGCCAGCGGAUUCUCGCAGGGUGAGAAAAUCCAUGAAGACAUCUUUGACAUCAUAGACAGAGAAGCAGAUGGCAGUGACAGCUUAGAGGGCUUCGUACUGUGUCACUCCAUCGCUGGAGGGACCGGUUCUGGCUUGGGCUCCUACCUCCUGGAGCGGCUGAAUGACAGGUACCCCAAGAAGCUGGUGCAGACGUACUCCGUGUUUCCCAAUCAGGACGAGAUGAGCGACGUGGUGGUGCAGCCCUACAACUCGCUGCUCACGCUCAAGAGGCUGACACAGAACGCAGACUGUGUGGUGGUGCUGGACAACACGGCCCUGAACCGGAUCGCCACAGACCGCCUGCACAUCCAGAACCCAUCCUUCUCCCAGAUCAACCAGCUGCCUACAACAGCCACUGGCUAG